UGUGCAACCAGGUGUUGAGACCAUGAGGACAGUGAGCAGGUUAUCUGUACAGAUGGGAGGUUCUGUCACCAUCCCAUGCCUCUAUGAUCAGGAGUAUAUAUAUCAUGUGAAGUACUGGUGCAGUGGAGGAGACUGGAACAUUUGCAAAACUCUGGUUCGCACUGAUUCUCCCCGGAUAGCAGGAGAUGUGUUAAUCAUAGACAGCCCCGCCCAGAAGGUCUUCACUGUGACCAUGAGGAACCUGCAGGAGGGGGACUCUGGUUAUUACUGGUGUGGAGUGGACAUCAGAGGAGGAGCAGAUUAUGGUGCAUAUCUGUACCUCACUAUCACCAGAGGUUCUCCUGGUCUGUCGGUGCUGAACAACACAGUGGUGGGUGAGGAAGGGGGCAGUGUCAGCAUCCAGUGUCUCUAUAGCGACAGCCUCAGGGACAGUGUGAAGAUGUGGUGCAGGAUUUGGGACUGGAGCUCCUGUCUGACAGCAGGGGGAACUGGGAUAUCCCAACAUGCAUCUGUGCUGGUCAGCGAUGACAGAAGAGGAGUGCUGACUGUGACAGUGAGGCGACUGGAGAGGAAGGACACAGGCUGGUACUGGUGCACUGCAGGAGAGGAGCAGUUUCCUGUUCAUAUCACUGUCACGCCGCCAAAACCUCCAACACAGAGACCCACCACAAUGACCACAACUUCAUUUCGGACAAGAAGAUUGGGUUCACCUGAACUCCUGACUACAGCUCUGAUUCCCAACAGAAGUGGGGAGAAUAACCCCAAAUCAAGUGUUAUUCUGGAAGUGCUGCUGAAAUCUGCUGUUGCUCUGGUCUACACCACAUGCACCACCAUAGCCAUGCUGAAAAUCUGGAUCUAUUGCAAGCAACGAAGAGCAGGGGCUCUUGGGAGAUACAGGAGAAGGAAGAGAUGGAAAGAAGAGUGUACUGAUGCUGUCAUGGAGACGUGACCUAUUAGA